AUGCCUAUAAGCUGUCUUCUUGAGGAAAAAAAUUUUCAAAGCCUUAGAAAAUUUCAAAAAAUUUUCAAAAAUUUUUUUUUGAUUUUUUUAAAGUCCUGGGCAUCAGAAAAACCCAAAAACAUAAAUAACACCAAUUGUCGUCACUCAACCUCCAACCAAAAUAAACACAAAAAUAUUUCACCUGCCCUAUCAUUAACUUCAACCUCGACAACCUCUAGCAAUUUAGAAGAACAGAAAGAAGAAAAAUUAAAAAUAAAUAAAAAAUUAAAGCAGUUGCCUGAAGUUGUGGCCGAGGCUAUUAAAAGACAUAAAAGUCAAAAAUUGGAAGGGGGAUUGUCUGCGAGGAUUAAUAAGGAUAAUGAGAAUGGUGUUUGUUUAAAACACACAGUAGAACGAAGUCAAAGUCAACUAGCUCGUUCCCCUGCUGGUGUUUUAUCUCCAUGGUUGAGUGGAAAUGGUCGUUCUAAUUCUAGGCGUUCCCAUUGUGGAGGUCACCGUUCAUCAGCAGACCAAUUAAUUACAGAAAAUAAGAAUGCCGGCCAACAACAAACAAAUAAUUCCUCCCCAAAUAAUAUCCCCCAAUUAACCAUCGUAUUAAUGGGAGGCCCCAAAACAGGCAAAUCCGCGCUGGUUAGCCAAUUUCUUUGGGAAUGUUUUUUGUCUGAUUAUCGCCCUACUGUUGAAGAAUUUAAUUGGGUAGAGUAUGGAUGUGUCGAACAAAAAUUGUCUGGACCCAAUUUUAUGUUACAAUUAAUUGAUAGUAGUGGAAGUAGGGAUUUUCUGGCUAUGAGACAUUUGUAUUAUAGAAUUGCUGAUGCUUUUAUGGUUGUCUAUGCAGCAGAUGACCCUCAAAGCUAUGCAGAAGCUUUAACUAUGCUAAAAGAAAUUGGAGAACAAAAUACUAAAAAUGCCCCAAUUUUAUUGCUUCAAAAUAAAAGUGAUUUGGUGCCUAGAAGUAAUGGAGGGGAUACUCCUCCCUCCCCAGCAUUAUUGAAGGAUGAAGAAAAGGAUGAACAAUUGCUGGUUUCUUCUGUUAGAAGAAUGAGGAUCUCUGCAAAAAAUUUGGAACAAGUAAAAGGCGCAUUUUCUUGGUUAAUAGAAGAAUUAGUAAGGCGUUCAGAAAAUAUUUUUUCCUCGACCCAAAUUGACGGAAAACAACGCCCAACCAUUAUAACAACAGAAAAUAACAAUGGAAUAAUUAAAGGAAGAAAAAGAAAUGGAAGUGGGCCAACUACAGGAUUUUUACCUUCAAAUAAUGGUAAAAUAGCUUUGUUAACCAGAAGAAGACAGUCAAUGCCGUCGAGAAGGACUGCUAGCGAAUUGGGGAUAGAUGAACAGGCGUUGAAACAGUUUAUGAAGAGAUACGAAACUCAACAAGGCCGUAAUGGGGUGAAUUGUUGUAUUCAAUAA